AUGCCCUUCCCGGAGCCUCGCCAGAUCAAGAAACCUCGCUUAUCACUUAGUUGUAUCGUGUGCCGACGACGCAAGGUUCGCUGCGAUCGUGAACAGCCAGAAUGUGCCAACUGUGUGCGCAUGAAAGAGAAAUGUGUUUAUCAGGCCUUGGUCAACGACAAUUCUGGCCGUGCGGGACCGGCAUCACCUCCAGAUAGGGCGAUCAACAAACCAGAUGCCCCAACGGAGCUUCCUUGGUCUCAUUGGGUUCCACGAGACAGCAAUACUGACAAUACAACCUGUCCCAUGGAGCCUUAUACACAACCAAAUCAGCCGUCAGCUGGGCCGAUCCCCCUGUCUCCGCCUCGACAAUCAGUUGAACCCCUUUCAACAGUACCAUCAUGGGAAGAGGCCAUCCGGAUUUCCGGCUUUCACGAUGCGACCGCUGCGCGUCAGCUCAGCCCGGCAAUUACCCGAAAUCCUUCUCCAGUGCCAUCGGCUGCACCUUUCCCGACCGACAGUGCCUUUUUAAGUUUAAGACGGGGCGGCCGCUCGCGGUAUAUUAGCCAGACUUUCUGGGGAUUCGUUGCUGGAAAGGAGAGUUUGAGCGAUGACUUCUUUGACGAGAACCGUCAUGUCCGUUCCGAUCUCCCUCUACCCCAUAUCUCCUCGGUCGGCAUGUUCAGUCUCCUGCGAUCUCUGCCCAAUAAGUCUGUUAGUGAUGCCUUACUUGAGAUGUUCUUCGUUGCUGUUUGGCCGCUUGUGCCUCUUCUGCACCCGCCAGAACUGCAGGCACAAUACGACGAGUUCUGGGAAUGGUGCCGCAAAAAUGAGACCUCUUCAGCACCGGAAAGACUUCGCGAUGACCCUACUUUUAUCUGUCUUCUAUUUGCUGUUCUGUACUGCGGCGCGUCAGCCGCGCCAGCGACCAGCUGGACGCACACUAAACUCCAAGGCCUACAGAAGGAGACGACAGUGGGCCACCUUAAAUCGGCAUAUACCACGAGCCUUUCCCUGUGCCAGCAUCCGAAAUAUCCAACUUUGAAUACUUUAAUUUCCACCUUGCUGGCUGAAUCGUUCCUUGGCUGGGCUUCUGAGCCGAUGCAUGAUUUAAUCCAACUUAGCACUACAGUGCGCACUGCACAAAUUAUGGGAUUGCACCGAGAGUCAGCGUGGUCUGCACUAACUCCCAUUGAACAGGAAACCCGACGUCGAGUCUGGUGGCACAUUGUUUGGCUCGAUGUACAGUGCAGUAUCUCCACUGGACUGACUCUCUGCUGCGGGAGCGAUGCACUAGAAGCGGUGGGAAUGGUUGGAACUAUCGAUGAAGAAACCAACAAUUCUGCCUCGUCUUCGCCGCGCACUGACUCUGCCGCCACUGGACCAUCAGUGGCAAUUCUAUAUGCCAUUGGAAGAUUUCAGACCGCACGCUUACAAGCAAGGAUCGUGGCGAAUAUACAGAGUCCUGAUGGCCCAACACAGGAUGGGUUUGAAGAGUUUUUCGUCGAUGCAAAGCAACUUUUAGAAAAUAUUGACUCGCUGAUUGCGCACGUUCCUAUGCAAGGAAUCCCUGAAAAGGGGUGCAUCCCGUUCCGCCUGGCAAAUGCAUCUCCAUACACACACCCGUCGUUGUACAAGGAGGAUGCGAGCCAGCCAACGGUUUUUGCGGCGUGGACGCGAAUCAUGUUGACAUUACUGAAAUCCGAAAUAGCAAUCCUCCUACAGAAAGCAUCUUUGCUACCCCCAAACAGUAAAAGUCCGCAAUCACAUAAAUCAUGGACUAGGUAUGACUUCUUUCCACAUCUAUUCUAUUCCUCAAACAAUAUUCCUCGCGAUGUGACCUGCCCUGCCAUCGAAUCUCCUUUGGCUUGA